CACAACUCGGUACCAUUCCGUAAACGCGCUACUUUACACUACGCCAGAUGAAAACAUGGCGCUCAAACUAGCGCUGUUUCUGGCCUUAACAGUGCUUCAAAUAUGUUCCACUGUACAGGAAACACAGGAUAAAGAGCUAUUGUCUCGGCACGUCUUUGUACAGCGCUCAAAACCUCAACCAGGUGCUCCGAAAGAUUUGUACGAAGUCGGUGUCGACGACGAAACUUUGUCAAAAUCGGUCAGCAGCAAAUUUACAUUGGAGAAGAUUGUGCAGAAAGCCAGAGUUCGUGCUCGCCGUGGAGUCAAUCCUGAUCAAACUCCAGAUGUCAAAGAGCUGCAUCUGAAUGACAGUCACCUUAUGGCCUACGUCCACUGGGCGGGGGACAGCAAGGAUACCAUUGUUGUGCUGACACGUGAUCCUAAUCCAGGGCCAAGAAGUACAAGCUUUGUCUGGAUAUCCAAAGAUUAUGGGAGGAGCUUUUCAAAUUAUACCUCUCUUUUCAACCAGUCGUCUGGCAGUAUUGCUUCAAUCACACUUUUCUAUGCCUCUCCAGUGGACAACAACAGGUAUCUAUUUGUGGACAAGGUGCGCAAGCUUAUGUUCGCCACGCUAGAUGACUGCAACACAUUUACCAAAACUGAGCUGUCAUUUACUGCCGACAAAAUCCUGUUCCAUCCCACUAAUGCUGAUGUUGUCUUGGCUUAUGAUACAACAGCAUCUGUUAAAAGGCUCUUUGUCUCUCAAGACUUUGGCUUCACGUGGGUACUCAAAGAUGAACAAGUGAGGUCGUUCUUCUGGGGCAUUCCUCCACUUGACGAUGCGAACACUCUGUAUGUUGAGAGGCAGGAACUUCUAGGAGGGAAAUCCAUUGUUGUAAAGACAGACUACUUCUCUAAUAGUGCAGUCUCUCUUGUGUCCGGUGUCAACGAUUUUGAAGUAGUUGACAACUUCAUGUUUGCUUCCAAAACUACAUCAGGCUCGGGCCUCUCUCUCCUUGUGUCUGUUGAUAGGCAACCAUUCAAGACGGCAAAAAUAUCUACCCGUCUUCCAAUAUUGGAUUUCCUUGUGGCUGAUGCAUCUGAGAACCAAGUGUUCCUGGCUGUUAGUCAUAGCAGCCAAACCACCCAUCUCUACAUCUCCGACUCCACAGGCCUCAGUUACAGCAUGUCACUUGAGAGGGUCCUCUACUUUUCUGUCAAGACAGGAAGCACAUGGCUCAGACAUUACAUUGAUCACUCAUUUGUUGACCUGCACAAAGUUGACGGCAUAAGGGGUGUGUACAUUGCAAGUCAGCUGACAGCCGGCUCUGUGGGGCAUCGUAAUAUCAUGUCGCUCAUCACAUAUGACAAGGGAGGGGAAUGGAGUGCCAUUGCGGCUCCCAAGAAUGAUUACAGAGGCAAGCCUCUAAACUGUACUCUGCCCUCCUGCUCUCUUCAUGUGUCCCAAGAAUUUGGCAAGUACUACCCCUACACCAAGUACUCCCCGAUGUUAUCCAAGACAUCAGCACCAGGAAUUAUUCUUGCAAUGGGUACUCUUGGAAGUAACCUUCGGGUUCAGGGAGACUUGUAUUUAUCAAGUGACGCUGGAUACUCAUGGCAUCAGCUUUUAAAGGGUUCGUUUUUCUACAAUUUUGGUGAUCAUGGCGGGAUCUUUGUUGCAGUGCCAAGGAAAACGCUCACCAACCUUAUCUACUAUAGCUGGAACGACGGUGAGACCUGGCUGACGUAUGAGUUCCUACAAGAUGACCGGAUGGUGGUGUAUGGACUCCUUACAGAGCCAGGGGAACAAAGUGCCUCCUUCACUAUCUUUGGCUCGCAUUCCGGGCACCACAGGUGGACCAUAGUCCAGAUUAACCUCAGAAGAGUCCUAGGGUCACCUUGUGUGCCUCAAGACUACAAAACAUGGAUCCCAUCAGAUCAGAGAAACGGGUCCUGGUGCCUCAUGGGAAGGAAAACUAUCUACGAACGCCGCAUUGCACAUGCGCAUUGCUUUAAUGGCUAUGAUUAUGAUAGGCCAAUCACAGAGCAGAACUGCCCUUGUACCAGAGAAGACUUUGAAUGUGAUGUCGGCUUCAGACUGUCGUUCGGCUCUAGAUGUGUCCCUGAUGGGAUUCCACCAACCACUAUCCCCCCCACCUGUCUCCCUGGAACUUUCUACACCAAGACAAAAGGGUAUCGUAAAGUGUCAGGUGACACAUGUGAGAAGGGACUUGAAGAUGUGUAUGCCCCCUACAAAAUCUCCUGCCCUGUACCAUCUCUCCUUCAGUUCCUGUUGUAUGCUCAGCGAACAUCUAUCAGGCGGGUCACAUUGGGCGACCAUCUUGAGUCGACCCUACCCCUGUCAGGACUGAGGAAUGCCAUUGCACUGGAUUUUGACUAUAGGGAAAACUGUGUCUACUGGGCUGACAUUACAGCAGAUACCAUACAGCGGUCCUUCCUUAAUGGGUCAGGAAUCACCCAAGUAUUACACGGCAUUACUCAGCAGGUAGAGGGACUUGCCCUGGACUGGCUUAGCAACAACCUUUACUGGGUGGACGCGGGAGCCAAAAAGAUUGAGGUGUCCAGGAAGGAUGGGCGGUACCGCAAGGUCCUGUUCAAAGAUAAUUUGGACAGGCCAAGGGCCCUGGUACUUGAUCCAGUCAGGGGAUACAUGUACUGGACGGACUGGGGUCAGUCUGCUCGUAUUGUCCGGGCCUUUAUGUCCGGGGACCAGCGACAGGACAUCAUCACUACGGGCCUUCGAUGGCCUAAUGGCAUCACGGUGGACUACACUGAGCAGAAGCUGUACUGGACUGACGCGGGGUAUGACAAGAUAGAGCGCAGCGACUUGGACGGCAAGAGGAGACAGGUGGUGACGAGUAGGAGUAUCCCGCAUCCAUACGCGAUCAGCAUUUUUCAGCAGUACAUGUACUGGGACGACUGGUCGACUCGAUCCAUCCAGCGUGCGCUUAAACGUGAUGGCAGUAGCCGCUUUACCAUCAAGAGCGGGCUCACAGGCGUCAUGGAUCUCAAGGUCUUCCAUCAGGAUGCACAGACAGGAAACAAUAGCUGCUCGCUGCGUUCCCCCUGUGAUUUUCUUUGCCUGCCGACUCCUAAUUCUUACCAGUGCGCAUGUCCGGACAACAUGCGUACGGUAAAUGGGAUGUUUGGGCGAAUCAUAUGUCGAUGCCAGAAUGGGGAAGUGCUGGUCAACGGUCAAUGCAAAACGCUAUCGGGUACGUGUGCUCCCGGGCAGUUCAAGUGUGGUAAUGGCAAGUGCAUCCCGUCGUCAUGGAAAUGUGACCAUGACAACGACUGCGGGGAUAACUCUGACGAGAACAACUGCCCAUACAGCACUUGCAAUCCAUCACAGUUCAAGUGCGACAAUGGGCGGUGCAUCAGCUCCAAAUGGCGGUGCGACCAUGACAACGAUUGCGGUGAUAUGUCCGAUGAAAGAAACUGCACCUUCAGUACCUGCGCCUCUAACUAUUUCCGCUGCGCCAACCAGAGAUGUAUCCCUAUGCGUUGGGUGUGCGACUUUGACAAUGACUGCCGAGACAACUCAGACGAACGCGACUGUACACCGAGACCUACGACUCCUGCACACGGCUCAUGUCCAUCCAACCGUUUCCGGUGUAAUAAUGGUCGCUGCAUCCCCAUGUCAUGGCGGUGUGACGGCGAUAACGACUGCGGGGACAUGUCUGACGAGCCUCUAAGCUGCUCUGGGCGCUCGUGUAAUUCUGGACAGUUCUCUUGCUCCAAUGGGCGCUGUAUCAGCCGCUCUUGGGUGUGUGACCGGGACAACGACUGCGGCGAUGGGUCAGACGAACGGAACUGUUCUUACCCGACUACAGGGCCUUGGACCACUCGACCCUGGACCCCCAUCUCCUCCUGCCGGUCAUGGGAGUUCUCUUGCUUGAAUGGCCGCUGUGUGUUCUAUCGUCUGGUUUGUGACGGGGUAGACGACUGUGGUGACAGCUCAGAUGAGAUGUCAUGUAAUGCGACUGCCACUCCUUUUGUACCUCGUUCCUGCCAUUACUGGGAAUUCCAGUGUGCGAACAGGCGUUGUGUCUAUAAUAGUCAGCGGUGCGAUGGUCAAAAUGACUGCGGAGACUGGUCAGACGAGACUGGAUGCUCAACGCCGCCUAUCCCCACAACAUGUCCUGCAGACUGGGUGAGGUGUUUCUAUAACUCGUCCGGCCUUUGUAUCUCCACCUCAUGGUUAUGUAACGGUCGUGUCGACUGCCCAGAUGCAUGGGACGAACAGCCUGCUCAGUGCAGAACAAGCCCAGCUCCUAUGCGGACGUGUUCGCCACAGGAAUACCAGUGCGAUAAUGGUGCGUGUAUUCCGUCCAGGUACGAGUGUGAUGGGCGAAUCCAGUGCAGCGAUGGAUCUGAUGAGACCGGAUGUACAGCCACUAUUAGCCCCUCAAGCUGUCCGGGAUUCCUGUGUGACGGCAACACGUUAUGCCUUCCGUUUUACAAGCGUUGCGAUGGCAGCUACGACUGCAAGGACUACACGGAUGAGUUCAACUGCUCCAUGCCCCUUAUGGUAAGCAACCCUCACGUGGAAACCACGACUCCAACCUCCAUCACUCUACGUUGGACACCUGUGACCGACCAACCAUCUGGCGUCAGGAUCAUCGGCCACAGGGUCACUUACAAGGCCAUCACCCUACACUCCUACCCCGUGAUCGACGACUGGCACAUCGUGGACACCAAUAGCAUGAAUACCCUCGUGGUAUCGCUGCUGGAGCCGUGCUCUCUGUACGAGCUCCGUGUCCAAGUCAGGACCACCACUUUUGUUGGGCGAGCCACGCCUCCUCUCAAGGCAUCAACAGGUUUUACAAAACUUGAUGCACCAGGCAACGUAACAGCAGUUCAAAAACGUGGUGACAUACUCUUACUACGUUGGACCGCACCCAAGCCGUGUCACCCUAUCACUAAUUACUAUAUACUGUACAGAAUGUCUACAUCAACUUCAUAUAAGAUUGCCAUCACAGACAACAAUGAUCAGUACUACUUGACUGGGCUAACCGAAGGAGCUAAUUACGUAAUACAGAUCGCUGCCUCGAACCUUCAAGAUGGCAAUGGGACGUUUUCUUCCCCCAUUCGAGUCACUGUUUCAUCCAGGACAAGCCCUAUAAUAUAUCCUGUGGAUAGCUUAAGAAUGGUAACAGUAGGCGCGCGCUUUGUUGUAUUGGCCUGGAAUCAACCGCAGCACCCCAAUGGAACCAAGAUUGGAAUAAAGGGCUACCACUUGUACAAGUACACAUACAGUGAUAGAAAGCUCGUCAACACCACAGACCUGCACCAGAUUACCGUAUCAGGGCUACACCCAGGCACCGCUUACAGGUUCUCUGUGGCAGCUUACAAUGAGAUCGGCGAAGGACCGGCUGCAUACAUUGCCAUCACUACUAAUGGAGCUCAAGUUGGAGCGCCCAAGAAUCUGAAUGCGUACCCAUUAAAUUCUACCGCCAUCCAAUUAAAAUGGCAAGCUCCCCAAGGUGCUCCUGCUGAUGAGCGUUACUACCUGUACAUGGGCUUAGACGGAGCCUCACCCUCGUCAAUGCCUUUUGCCAGCACGACUAAGCUGUCCUACGUGGUCACGGGGCUUACGGACUCGGUUGUGUACGAGUUUGAGGUGUCGCUUGGAUUCGCUGGAGAACACAGCAUUCCCGCAAGUGCCAGACCUGUUCUAGACCCAGACAAGGCAUCUGUGGUUAAUUUGAAGUACAGACUUGUAAACGUGACUACGAUAGUGUUAAGCUGGCAGCCGCCACAAAGCGCCAAACCUGCCGACAUACAGUAUUACAAGGUAUCGUACACACUGCAGGGAUCUUCCAAGACUAUCACCUACAAGUCCAUGCAGCCCUCUCAGACCAUUCCAUACUUACCCUUCAGCACCACCUUAAAGAUUACCAUCGUCAUGGAGACCACUAAGGGGCCUAGCAUCCCCAAUUUUGUCAUGGUUACGACAGGCGCAUUCUCAGCAUCGGUAGCGCCUCUUGUUUGCUCGCUAGACUUCAAGACGCUGAAGCUGAAAUGGGCCGUCCCUUCAUCUGUGGACCCUCUAGCUGUCAAGGAUUAUCUGGUAUCGUGGACAUGCUCAGGCAACGGUUGCAUGGAAUUCUCCAUAUCCCAUAAGAUCUACGUGCCAUCCUACUCCACGAUGCUUAAUUUCGACUCCACUUACCAAGUUAGCGUCCGUAGUGAAGUCAGCACAUCGGGCGAAAAUCCAAGGCUGGGAGAGAUCUCAUCAUGUGUCGUCAAAGUGCCCACAUUCUCCGGCAAAGUCAAAAAAGUCCAGUAUAGUCUCAUUAAUAACACUUUGGACAUCACAUGGCAGAAACCAGACGGAAUACCGGACAAGUACAUCCCGGGGUAUUCCGUGUCGUGGUGCUAUCAGUGUGACUGGGAGGUGAACACCACCUAUGUCACCGAGACCUCCGUGUCAGUCCCGUCCUUGAUGUAUGGGCACACCUAUCAUUUCUACAUCAGUAUCAACACCACCGUCGGUAUCACCCAGACAUACACCUUCAUAUUCCAAGUACCCACCCUUGACCUGCAAGUUAGCAGUUUGUAUGCCUAUACAACCCGAGAUAUAUACGCGACUGUGUAUUGGUAUGGACCCUACGUCCUUCCCGGUAAACUGACGGGAUUUCUCGUCCAAUGGCGGAAUACAUAUAGCAGUUGGCAGCGCGUUCAGUUACCAGCCAACCAGACACGCUUCUCGAUAUGGUUGCAGUACGGCAACGCUUACAUUUUCCAAGUCACGCCCAUGACCAUGGAAGGCCUAGGUAAGGAUAAGCAGAUCCCAGUCUCCACGCCAAGAUUUGACGGCAGGGUGACCGACGUGACGGGCUACGUGGAAAAUAUGACGCUUCAUGUGUCUUGGACUCCUGCAUACCCUUACGGCGAUUACCGUUUCUAUUACUACUCCAUUAAAUACCAGUGCGUGGACUGCUAUGCUAGUGGGAUGAUUUACCAAACGGUGUACGGUGGGAUCAACAGCACGAAUGUCUCCAUCCCCGUCAUGCCCGGUGGCACGUAUAAAGUAGGGAUCGCCAGCCGUUCUUCUGUUGGUUAUGGAUCAUAUGUGUCCCACACAUUCAAGAUACCAGCACUGAAGGGCUUGAAGAUCUCCAACUUCGAAGUACACGUCCAUAAUAAUACUGCUCGACUUAGUUGGAGCAUUCCCCCUCGCUUUAAUGAAUACGAUUUUAAGGGAUUCCAAAUAAUGUUCAACUGCACAGACUGUGCGAACCAAGAUCCGCUCAUUGUUCACACUAACUCCACCGCCUAUCGUGCAACCCUGCUCUACGGCAGUGCCUACGCUAUCUCCAUCCGUGGACGCACCCCUGGUGGGGACGGGGAAACAAGCAUGGUCACACAGGUAGUCUCGCCCCUGUGUGCCAAGGUCAGCGGGUUAAGCUAUAAGGACUGUUCUCAAGAUCGCAAUGACAGCGCGAUCUGCCUGGAAUGGGGAAGGCCAAUUGAUGGUUUUCUUGCGCAAGCAUACGAGAUCCAGAUUCGUCAGAAGGGCAUGUUCAUAGAGGUGUUUAACUACACUGUCGUAAAGGGCACAUAUCCGUACAAGAACAAGAUCGACACAACCGAGCUGAAAGGAGAGUUCCAAGCGAUUGUGCGUGCGAUGUCCCCCAUUGGGUAUGGCCUCAAAGACAGCGUCACCUUUCAAAGCCACAUCAGCCCAGCCCCCUUCCGUGGAGCACGAAAGAGCCAUUCCAGCCCGGUGGUAUGGGCGGUUCCCGUCGCCAUAGUGGGUCUCCUGCUAGUGCUGGCUCUCGCCUACUUCGUGCGCAAGUCCCAUCGGUUGGAGAACUCCAUGUAUGCACUGCUGACAAGAAACUCCGGCUCGGGUGGGGACGAAGUUACCUUCCAUCGAGACGAGGAAGACGAGCCGUUAAUUCAAGGCUUCUCAGAUGACGAACCGCUGGUUACUGCAUGAGCAUGCGCUACUGAAAAUAUUUUGUGAAAGAGUAGCACGCUAACUCAAUGGAAUUCCUGGAAAACAUCUUUUCAUAGAAAAGGGGGUUUUAAAGAACACAGAAUUCCAGAUAACUUUUGUAUCAUCAGAGGUAGAUAAUAGCGAAGAAAUCAGAUGGAACUGUAUCAAAGGAAGCCCGUGCAUCUGGGGAGGGGAAGAAAACGGUCGAGAUGAAUGGUAAAGAUUUUUUUAUGUAGAUAGAAGAGAGUUCACUACCAUAAAUGGUAAAAUUAGAUAGAAACUAAUGUAUGAAUAAUCACUCAGAUGAUAUCGACAUCGCUUUGCUUUACUUUUAGCGUGGUUGAAAACCAUGAUCGCUUUGUUUAAAGCUACCCUAUCACACCGAGCAUAGUUCAAAGCAUUUUUUUAAGUUACAUAAUCCAUUAAAAGCAUUAAAUGCUUUCAUAUAUCACUUUUAUUUAAUUAUAGUACGCUUCGAGCACACUAGCGGUAUAUUUUAGAGUUUCCUUAUGAUCUCCCAAAUUUCUGAUGUAUUGCAUUUUUCAAGGCAAUCGAGUUAUGACCGGAAAUCUUGUCUCGAAUUUCCUUGUAAAUGCCCUCUUAACAUGCCAACAUAAACUGCCCUAAAAACUUUUCCCACACUAUUGUGCUAUCAGUUAUGAUGAACUUGAUAUAAAUAAUUCUGACCUUGAUAUAAACUAUGUUGACCUUGAUAAGUAAUGUUGACCUUGAUAUAAGUAAUGUUAACCUUGAUAUGUUAUGCUGACAUUGAUAAAAGUUGUUUUGACCUUGAUAUAAGUUAUAUUGACCUUGAUAUAUUCCCGUUCUUGGUUAUGUUAUGUCGCUAGUGUUUUUAUAGUACACUUGGAAUAUGUUAGCAUCGCAUGGAACUGUGGGUAGGGUGAUAAGGUGACUUUAAGGUAAUCACUACGCACUGGUUGCUUAAGUAUCUAGAUAAAUGAGGUUGUAUUGAUAUUAUAUACGUAGGUUAGAUCAAGCGCAAACGAUCGCCUCAUCGAAACUUUUACACUUUUUGACAUCUGAUUGAACUAACCAUGAUAAAGACAUUGUAAAAUGCAAAUGCUGGUGAAAAUAAUAAAGAAUUUUACAUAUCUGCUGAGGCCAAAAAA